AUGGAUUCUCUCCAAAACCCUCCCUCCUCUUCUUGUCCUUCGCUCACCUUCUAUUCCUCCUCCUCCUUCUUCUUCAAAUCCCAAUUACAAGCUCAUUUCCAUCUCCUCGACCCGCUCGACUCCUCCGAGUCGAAUCACUCUUUCCUCGCCCGGCACGCUCCCUCCGUGCUUGCCCUUCUCUGCGUGGGAAGCACCCGAGUCUCCUCAGAAACCAUUUCCCUUCUUCUUUCUUUGAAGCUCGUUGUGGCUUCGAGUGCUGGGCUUGACCACAUCGACUUGCAAGAAUGCCGCCGCCGAGGCAUUGCCGUCACCGCCGCUGGUCAAGCCUUCUCUGAGGAUGUUGCCGGCUUUUCUGUUGGGCUUCUCAUCGAUGUUCUCCGACGAGUUUCAGCCGGUGAUCGGUAUGUUCGGUCCGGGUCGUGGGUGACAAAGGGAACAUACCGACUUGGUGCCAAGCGCAUUGGAAUUGUGGGGCUUGGAAGAAUCGGGUCCGAGGUUGCAAAAAGGCUGCUAGCAUUUGGUUGCAGCGUUGCCUACUGCUCCAGAAAGGUGAAGCCAUAUGUCCCAUUCGCUUACUGUUCCACCGUGAAUGACCUUGCAAAAAACAGCGAUGCUCUCAUUCUUCGUUGUUCUUUGACAGAAGAAACUCACCACAUGAUCGACAACGGUGUCAUGGAGGCGUUAGGGAAGGAAGGAGUGAUAAUUAACAUCGGAAGAGGGGCUCUGAUUGACGAGAAGGAACUGAUGAAGUUUUUACUUUUUGGUGCCAGGGAGAAUCGGUGGAGCGGUCUUGAUGUUUACGAAGGCGAACCCUUUGUGCCGCAAGAGCUGUUUGCGAUGGAGAAUGUUGUGUUGGCUCCUCAUGCUUCUGUUUUCACUCCGGAUUCGUCCGUGGCAUUGCAGGAGCUGGUUAUAGGGAACUUGAGGGAAUUUUUUUCUAACGAGCCUUUGCUUUCACUUACUCAACUUGAAUGA